CCAAGACUAAGUGACGCGCCAUGCUCACCUUCGCCAUAAUGCACAGUAGCUCCAAUGUCUAAUUUCUUUGGCCUUUUUGGGUGUCUAUCCUCUCCCUAGCGCAAAUACCCCAUAGAUAAAACGACUCUAUGGCCGAAGAGAAGGUGCCGCAGCUCGUACUCGAGCCGGUAGAGCAGCCACUGGCGCUGAUACCCGUUGUGAUCAAAGAGGCAGCUCUGGACUCGCCCACGUUCCGUGCAACCGCCGUCCACUUCGGAGACCAGAUCGAGCUCAUAGAACGAUGGCUCAACUCGUUCGUCCUAGCUACGUCGAAGCUUACCGCCGAACUGAGCAACGUCCAGACACUCGUAGACGCUUACAUACAAGCCGCACAUCCGCCAUUGCAGCUGUCCGAGGCCGUCGUCGACCAUGAUUACACAGUCCUGGCGCUGAAGCGAUUUGGCGAGGGCGCACGCGAGUUUUGGAACAGCACGAUACGGAGCAUGAAGCGGGCAGAGGCAACCGUGUGCGACCCUUUAAGAGCAUUUGUGAACAAUGAUUUGCGCAUUUUGAAGGAGGCGCGCAGAAACCUCGAGAGCACGCAGCGCAUCUUCGACUUGGCUAUUGCGCGAUACGCGGGCCAAGUCAAGACCAAGGAAGCAUCGUCGCUGAGAGAAGACGCUUUCCAGCUGCAUGAGGCGCGUCGAGCCUACCUCACGGCGAGCAUGAACUUCUGUGUCAUGGCGCCGCAAGUGCGGUUGACUCUGGACAAGGUCCUAGUCAAGGUCGUCAACGAGCAGUGGCGCGAUAUGAAGCAAGCACGAGAUAUAUCGGCCAACGUCCUUGCUAAGUGGACUUCUGAUGUUGACCGCGUGCGUGGCUGGAGCAAGGAGAUGGAGAAUGGUGAGCGCGUCUUCAAGCGAGAGCUGAUGCUUGCGCGCCAACAGGUCGAGAGCGCUGCUGAAGUGAGUGCACGACCGUCGCGCGACUUGGAUACAUACGCAGCUUCAACUGUUCCCUAUCUCGGCACACAGCCAUCAUCAGCCAACAUCCAGUCCCCAGCAAAGCCAAACAUGGCAAGCGAGAAAGCUGAAAAGCAGGGCUGGCUCUUCCAGCGUACAAUCACGGGCAAGCCCGCCAGGACGUACUGGGUCAGGAGAUGGUUCUUCGUCAAGAACGGCAUUUUUGGAUGGCUUACUCAGGGCACGCGAUCUGGCGCAGUAGAAGAGUCCGAGAAGAUCGGUGUGCUGUUGUGCGGUAUACGAGCUGCAUUUCAGGAGGAGCGGCGCUUUUGUUUCGAGGUGAAGACCAAAGACACCACAGUCCUUCUGCAGGCUGAAACGCAAAACGACAUUACAGAAUGGAUCUCUUCAUUCGAGGUGGCGAAGCGCAAAGCCUUGGAAGAUACCUCCAGGGACAUAACUGGAUCCCAUGGCUCUGUGGAUGCCGCCUUCUCCAUCAGCCCCCCUGUCGCCCCGGAGUUCGCUGCAAAAACCUCUGAAGGCCAUGCCAUCCAAUCUAGCGAUGACCUUGGCAACAGUGACCGCGCCGAAACACUCGCUGUCCCAGGGGCUGACGGUUUGGCUGUGCGAGGUAGCGUUGAUGUUGUCCGACGAAACACUGCACUUGAGGGCGAGAGCAGUCGACGUGACCACACGACCAGAAUCAUGGAGAAGCUUGACUUGUCACGCAGAUCUACAGCUGGACCUCAGCUAAGUGGAAACAACCCCUCUUCCGCUGCCGGUGGUAUUGCCAGUCUUAUUUCGGCAAGUCUUGCUUCGGCCAGCCAUAACAUUGUGCAGGUCGGACAGAUAUCGGCUCCCGCGCCUGGACUUCCUGACACGCGUCUGGUGAUGGGACAGACGCUCCCUUAUACCAGCCUGGCUCCUUCCACACUUGCGAAUCCACCUGCGCCAACGAAUCUCAGCAAGGCUGCCGUCGCUGUGAGUGGAGAGCGAGGUCUCGGUAUCGGUCGUUCGGGUGACAUGCCUGGUGGACUCAUGGCCAAUCUUUGGGGAUCUGUGAACUGGGGCUAUGUCAAUCGUCCGGCUCGCGACGACGAAGUGCAAAGUCGCGACCGUAGCCUGUCUGGCCCACCAAGCCCAGUGGGCCACUCACCAGACCUUGACCCAUUCGAUGAUAAGGCUGGGACAAGCGCAUCACCUGCUGGGGUCGUCGCCUUAGCUACUCCCGGCCACCGCAAGUCAUUGAGCACGGGUGGUCCGACACCAUCGCCUAGUAAAAGUUCGACCACCGGGGACGACUUCCCUAAUUACUAUCCCCUUGCUCUUCGGAUGCAGGAUGCGCAAUUCCGAAUACUGUUUCCCACAGUUCCACGGUCGGAGAAACUUGUACUAGUAUUUCGCGCUGUAUGGAACCCGACGGAGCAACAAGAAUUCCCUGGUCGUGUUUAUGUUACCGCAAAGGAUGUCUACUUUUACAGCAAUCAUCUCGGCCUUGUGCUCGUCACUGGGCUCAGCAUGGCAUCCAUUGACGAGGUAACAGCGGCUCCUGGAAAGGACUGUGACUUUCUCUUCCUCCACUUCAAGGCUGGAUCAAGAGAAGAUGGCGCGACUAGGCUUACUGUCAAAACUUUCCUCGAGCCACUGAAGCUGCUUCUGCGGCGCCUGAAUUUCCUUGUCCAAAAUUCUGCAACAAACGAGCACGACCUCGAGGAAACAAUAAAAAGACUGAUCAGGUUUGAGGCGGACGACGGCCAACCAUCGGGUGAAGAGGGCUGGGAAGAAGUUUCUCCGGAUACGCCAAUCGAUCCAGGCUACGGCGGAAAGAACAUCAAGACUAGUCUCCGGAUUGAUGGUAAUCUGUUUGGACCAACGGGUAACAGCGUCAACAAACAGGCUACCAAAUUCAAGUUGCCUCCACAACCUGUUGUGUUCGCCCCAACGGGGAUGACACAAGUCGCAGUAGAGAAGGAAUAUGAUAUCAGCGCCAAAGGACUCUUCCAUAUUCUCUUUGGCGACAAGAGCGCAGUGUUUCAGCUGCUAUAUCGUGAGCGAUGGGCAUCACGUGUGGUUCAGGGACCAUGGGUAUCGACCGAUAAGAGCCAUCAGCGCCGCGAUUUUGAGUACGAAGUCGCACAGCCCGGUAAGAACGGAGGCGUAAUUAUCAACGAUUAUCAAGUCAUCGAAGUGCUCAACGAUCACCUCUGCUAUGUUGUUUCUGAUAGGAAGACACCCUGGUACUUGCCUGGUCACGAGCGAUUCGUGCUUCUCAGCAAGACCGUCAUCACACACGUUUCAAAAGCACGGUGUAAGCUAGCUAUCCAUAUCAAAGUCGAUUGGAAACGUAACCCGCGGUUUGCGAAGAAACUCAUUGAGCGACAAGGGCUGCAAGACAUGGAGCUCGAGGCUCAAGACCUUGUUGAUGUUGUCAAUGAUCAAGUCGCACGGCUUGGGCACAACAAGAGCACGGGCAAGGUCACCAGCAUUUUCGGGCAGAUUGGUAUUCAAACUCAAACCACACAGCUUGCCGCACAUGAUAUCCCACCACCAAACCGGCCACGGAAGUUCAAGUUGCGCCCACAAACAACUGGGUCAUUCAUCGCGCAAUUCAUCGGGAACAUUAUUAUUAGUAUACUCUCUACUAUUAUGAGUUGGAUACUGGCUGUCUUUGCCGGACUUGCCAAGGUUGUCUCAGCGCAUACGGUACUAUUUACUCUUCUACUAGUCAGUGGCGGAGCGAACUUCCUGCACACCUCGAAAGAUAGCUGGGCAUGGUGGAACGAACGAAAUGCUGCCAAGUUCAUGUUCCAGCUAGGCGUUGGCCCAUCGACCACGAUGACACGCUCAAUCUAUCUCCGCGAUAUAGAAGAGUCAUUCCUUCAUCCGAAUGACACAAGCAUGGUACUGUCUGUACCGCUUUCGACCCAUACUGACAACAAAUGCCACCAAACAUUCACACACCUCCUCCAAAACCCUUCCUCGACGUCAUCUUCGCACUCGUUCUUCAGUCCGUCCACGCAAAGCACACGGCGUCUUGAUCGCACUCGGCAAAAUCUAGGCUCACAUCGUCAUGAUUUGCUCGUCGCCUUGCGAGUCGUGAAUCGCAUCGAGAAAGAAGUAGUUGAAGCCGAGUACGAGAACUGGCUACUUGACGAAACACAAAAAUGUAGUAAAGUAGGCACUCUGCUAGAGGAGGCUGGCGGCAAAGGAAAAGAGAAACAAGUGGAGGCUUGGGUCAAGGGAUAUUGCGGGGAUUGUGAAAGGAGCUUGAAGAGUAUCAAGGAGGUUAGAAAGGGGCUGUUUUAAGAGGCAAUUGAAUUCGAAGUGAUUGGUGUAUCUCGCGCAGCGAACAUAUCAUGGCAUCCUUGAGGUGGGAGUUGGUGUGGAGAUUGUUUUCAACCGAAGUUGUUUGACAGCGCAGUUUGAUUCAAGCGUAGCAUGGCACAAUUACACGCAAUGAUUUAAGUAGAUAGCGUAUCACAUACCAGCAACUCUGAACUAGGGGC